UAUGUCGUGGUGGUCGACGGCGGCGUGCGUGGCACUGCUGGUGCUGCAGGUAGCCAGCAAGGAUCUGGCGGAGGCCUCGCGCGACGACCUGGACCUGCCGCAAGCACAGGAGUCUGACCUCGUUAAUUACGAUGACUACAAUCCUUUCGGGGAGGAUGAGAAUGCUAUUAUCGCAGAACGUGACUUUACAUCACAGUCAACAACGAGUACUCCUGGACCCCGAAGACCGCCGACUUUACCUGUAACCAGAGUUCCGCCUCCGAACCGCUGUGUGGAUUCUGGCAGGACGUACCUGGAGGGCGAGACAUGGAAGCGAGACAACUGCACGCUCUGUCAGUGCCAUCUCGCUCGCAUGAACUGCUCCGUCAUACCUGCCUGUCUGAUACCGCCUGCAACCAGUAGACCGAUAUACAACGCCGGCGCCUUACCGAAUCCACCAGUGAGAGGUGUGCAAGGACCGCCGGGUGAUGACGGUCCCUCAGGACCGCCCGGAGCACCGGGUAUCAGCGGCGUGCCGGGUGCGCCGGGCUCACCGGGACCGGCAGGCCCUAUGCCUGAUGUCAAUGCUUACCUCGCACAACUGGCGGCUACGGCUGGCGGCGAUAAAGGACCUGCCUUUGACCCUUACCAGUACAUGCAAGCGCCAGUGGGCGCUCCCGGUAUACGAGGAAUUCCAGGCCCUCAAGGUCCCCCGGGACCACAAGGUUUCCAAGGACCUCGCGGUGAACCUGGAGAGCCUGGUCUACCGGGACCACUAGGGCCACCUGGAGAAAGAGGGCCGCCGGGUCUUCCUGGCAAGGACGGAUCUCCGGGUGAAGAUGGCGAGCCCGGUCCAGCAGGAGCAACAGGACAAACGGGUCCAAGAGGAGCCCCAGGCGUUCCAGGAAUACAGGGUUUGAAAGGUCAUCGUGGAUUUGACGGCAAAGACGGCGCUAAAGGCGAGCAAGGUUUUCCUGGAGAAAAAGGGCCUACAGGCCUUCCGGGGCAAAUGGGGCCCACGGGGCCAGUGGGUCCUGUAGGUCCCCGUGGGGAGCGAGGCCGUGAAGGCCCUCCGGGUCCACCGGGCAUGCGAGGUGUUGACGGAGCGCCGGGCUCUCCGGGAUUAGUGGGUAACGCUGGUAAACCAGGCUCACCGGGUUUUCCCGGAGCUCCGGGAAUAAAGGGGGAACAAGGACUAGUUGGACCCAAAGGAAGUCAAGGUCUCCAAGGGCCUCGUGGGGAAGCUGGACGUCCGGGUCAGCCUGGUGAGAUAGGAGCACCUGGACUAGCGGGACGAGAUGGUACACCGGGAGAGAAAGGAGUUCAGGGUCAAACUGGACCCUCGGGACCGCAAGGUUUUCCCGGACCUAGAGGAACACCUGGUAUAGCUGGCGAUCCAGGGAUCCCUGGUACUAAAGGAAUGCCGGGACAACCGGGAGAGAGAGGUGCUAAAGGGGAAGCUGGUAUUAGAGGAGAAACAGGCGCCCAAGGUCCGCGUGGUUUACCUGGCUCUUUAGGGCCUGAAGGAAAGCGCGGAAAAAGAGGUCUACGCGGCCCAGCUGGAAGUAUUGGACCUCAAGGAGACCGUGGAUUACCAGGAAUGAGAGGUCUUCCUGGUUCCGAUGGGCCUAUUGGACAGAAAGGCCAGCCAGGUGAAAGAGGAGGCGUAGGUUUACCUGGACCAAAAGGGAGCACGGGUGACGCUGGAAGACCUGGACCUCAAGGUUUGCAAGGUCAGAGAGGCCUAGUUGGAAGGCCUGGUAUGGCUGGAAAAUCCGGCCCGCCUGGAGAAAGAGGAAUCCCCGGUGCUGAUGGAAGGCCCGGAGAACAAGGGCUUCAAGGUUUACAAGGUCCUCCUGGAUCGAUGGGCAGUCCCGGGGAAAGAGGUUUACAAGGUGAACCUGGUAAAGACGGCGAACCGGGACAACAAGGUCAGCAAGGACCGAAAGGCGAUGCUGGUCGAGAUGGUAGUCCAGGAAUUCAAGGACCUCAAGGUACGAGUGGACCAGCAGGAGAAAGAGGACCUCAGGGACCACCUGGCCCAACUGGCUUUCCGGGAAUGCCAGGAGCUGCCGGUUUACCUGGAUCUCCAGGAAAAGAAGGCGAGCCAGGAAUCGCGGGGCCGGCUGGACCCCCGGGGUCGACAGGUCCGCGAGGAGAAAGAGGGUUCACUGGAGAACGAGGACUCCCUGGUCAGCCCGGCACACCGGGAGAAAAGGGAGAGACAGGAGCACAAGGAGCAGACGGACCACCGGGACCAGAGGGACUUAAGGGCAGUAAGGGUCAUCCAGGUCAGCUCGGCGCAAUGGGACUCCCCGGGCCUCGUGGUAUGACUGGUUUACCUGGGGAGAAGGGCGAGAGAGGUGCCGCUGGACCCCAAGGGAAUGAUGGGCCGCCAGGACGGCAGGGAGAGCAAGGCCCUCAAGGCCCUGUCGGUCCACAAGGACAUCCGGGUGAACCAGCUGAAAGAGGAGAACCUGGUACCCCGGGAGUACCUGGAGAACCCGGGGCACCGGGAUCUCAGGGUGAAAGGGGUCAGCCGGGAUUACAAGGAUCUCCGGGUCUCCCUGGACCACCUGGUUUGACGGGCAUGCCGGGCUUAAAGGGCGAUAGAGGUUACAUGGGAGCAAAGGGGCAACAAGGGUCGCCUGGUAACCCAGGUAUCCCUGGCGAGACCGGACAAAGAGGUCUAGCUGGUCUGCCCGGAGCUAAGGGAUCCCGAGGGGAACAGGGACUCAAGGGAGACAUUGGUCGCGCUGGUCUACCUGGAAGACCAGGUGAAUUAGGACCACAGGGUCCCCAAGGAAGUCCUGGCCAAGCCGGACCUCCUGGUAUUCCAGGAGCUAAAGGUGCUGCUGGAGAUCCUGGUAGACCUGGCCCGUUAGGACCUAUCGGUUUAACUGGUGCGCCGGGCCCUGAAGGCCCUAAGGGUGAGAGAGGAAGUGAAGGAGAGAUCGGACCGCAAGGCCCCGUUGGACCGUCUGGACCAGCUGGCGAAAGGGGACCGAGUGGUUUGCCUGGCAUGGCGGGACCACCGGGACCACAAGGGCAACGAGGACCGCAAGGUGAAAACGGAGCACCAGGCAAACCGGGUUCAGACGGAGCACCGGGACCAGUGGGACCGACUGGUUCACAGGGUCCCCCAGGACCAAUGGGAGAACCAGGACCAGAAGGAAGACCGGGUAAACUCGGGCAGCCUGGAAUACCCGGAAGACCAGGAGAUAAAGGACCGACGGGUCAGCCGGGAGCAUCGGGACCUGCAGGGCCGCCUGGAAUGCAGGGUCCACCUGGGCAAUCAGGACCUCCAGGACAGGCAGGCGAGCGAGGUCUUCGUGGCGAGCCGGGACCCCCCGGAGUUGAUGGUCCUCAAGGUCCGUCCGGAAAGCAAGGGCCGCCAGGGCUGGAUGGGUCCAAAGGAGAGCGCGGGGAGGCAGGAUCAGACGGCGCUAAGGGACACGCGGGCUUACCGGGACUACCUGGCAUGGUGGGAGCACCUGGAAGACAGGGGGAGAGGGGCCUACCUGGACCAAUUGGUCCUCCAGGGAAAGAUGGAGAUGUGGGACCGAGAGGAACACCUGGACGUGAUGGCAGUCCAGGUCCUCAAGGGCCAAUGGGACCGCCUGGAGGACGAGGGCCUCCGGGAGAAUCGGGUAGGCACGGGGCGCCGGGUCCGGCUGGUCCCCCCGGGCCCCCGGGUUUGCCUGGUGAGGGCCUGGCCUACGACGCUGCUGCUAUUGCUGCUAUGCUUCAACAAGGUUCAAUCAAAGGUCCCGAUCCAUUGGGAGAUGAUCCAAAUAGCUUGCCGCCGCGGUUCUUUAAAGACGAUAUGUCGCCUGCGGAGCGCAAAAAGAUAGUGAUGAAAGCUUACGAACAGCUCAAAGUGUCUCUCAACAAAUUCCUCAAACCUGACGGCACAAAGGAAGCACCGGCGAAAACUUGUGGAGAUAUUAAAUAUCACUAUCCAGAAUUUGAGAGUGGCCAAUAUUGGAUCGAUCCGAAUGGCGGUGACAUGAACGACGCCAUAUUAGUGCACUGUGACAUGUCUACUGGUGCCAGUUGCGUGUUCCCGAAGCCGAUGCAAUCCCAGGACAUUGUUUACAAAGGCAAAGAACACGAGGCGUGGCUCAGUGAGAUAGAAGAUGGAUUUACGAUAUCGUACAAAGCGGAGCAUAGCCAACUGACAUAUCUUCAGUUGAUGUCAUCGCGCGCUGUUCAGAACGUGACACUGCACUGCGUUAAUACAAUCGGUUACUACGACCCGGCAACACAUAACUAUAGACAUGGACUCAAGCUCCUUGCUUACAACGACGCUGAGAUCCUGCCCAAAGCUAACAACAGGCUUAGAUACAAAGCUUUACUGGAUAACUGUCAGUACAAGAAACAAGAAUGGGCAGAAACUGUUCUACAGUACGAAACAGAUAAGCCUGGGCGUCUGCCACUCCUGGAUGUAGCCGUCAGAGAUGUUGGUAGAAGGAACCAGAAGUUCCGCAUUGAACUGGGUUUGGCUUGCUUCAGUUAAACUGAAUUAAAAAAAGAACAUAACCUCUCAAACAAAUCUUCACAAUUUGCAUUAAACAAUUUUCGUGUCAUAAUUAAAAAUAUAACAAUAAAAAUAAAUAA